AUGUUACAACUGCCUGACCUGUCCAUUUGGGACAACGCGCGGCUCAUUGUCGGUGCUGUGACUUGUCUUGGCGUGAUAGGAGUAAUUAUUCUUCCUCAAUCGAAGAACGGCCUUCCUCUCCCACCUUCUCCUUUCACUUUGAGGCCUUGGGGGCAUUUCUUGCCGCCUCGCAAGUCAUUUCUUGCCAUAGCAGGUUGGAUUAAUGAGUAUGGUCCUCUGAUCACUCUUCGGUCAGGAGUCGGAAAAGUUGUGAUUAUUGGUCGUUACAAAGCCGCCAUGGAUAUUAUGGAGAAUCAGGGCGGCACUCUAGCUGAUCGUCCUCGCAUGAUCGCUGCUGGAGAAUUAUUUGGCGGUGGAUUGAGUAUCGCCUACACGCCAUUUGGGGACAGGUUCCGUCGGAUGCGUAGAGCCCUUCAUACGCAUUUCCAGCCUAAAGCAGCUGGGGCUUAUCAGCCCUUGCAGACGUCAAACGUGAAGAAUCUGAUUUUCGACAUCCUCGAUGAUCCAUACAACUUUCAGAACCAUCUGACGAGUUAUGCUGCGACAGUAAUUACGAAAGUUACCUACGGGGACACUGCGCCCACGUCUGCAACUGAUCCCCAAGUCAUUGAGAUGCGUCAACUCAGGAAGUUAAUUGACGGAGCCCUGCGCCCUGAUGCUUUCUACCUUGUGGACUCGAUCCCGUGGCUGAAAUACAUUCCCUGGUAUGGCCGAGAAUUGAAACAGGGUUUUAAGAGGAGCAAGCGACUUAACUUAGGUCAGCUGAACCGAGUCAAAGAGCAAAUGCAAAGCGAUGUGGACAUCGGUCCUUCGUUCACGAGAUAUAUGCUAGAGAAUGGCGAUCAUCAUGGCUUGACAGAGGACGAGACUGCUUUUCUUGGUGGUUCCUUGUUUAGAGCUGGAUCCAACACAACUACCUCGGUGAUAUGCACGGUGCUCAUGGCAGCUGCAUGUUUCCCCGAUGAGCAAGCUAAAGUUCAAGCCGAGCUCGAUGCGGUCAUCGGAAGGCAUCAAGCGCCGACGUUCGCCGACCAACAAUCCCUUACUCGCCUGCAUGCCUUCAUCUCUGAGGCUGUAAGAUGGAGACCAGUUGCUCCUAAUGGAUUUCCUCACCGAGCAACCAAAGACGAAAACCACUGUAUUCCAGCUGGGACUACAGUAUUUGGUAACCAUUGGGCCAUCUGUCGAGAUCCAGAAGUCUUUCCCGAGCCUGACGCGUUCAAGCCUCAACGCUGGAUAAAUGACCAAGGUCUCCUAAGAGACGAUUUAACCAAUUUUCUCUACGGGUUUGGUCGGCGCGUGUGCCCCGGUCAACAUGUCGCGAACAGAACGGUGUUCAUAAGCGCGGUCCUGAUUCUUUGGGCCUUCCAGCUCACUCUGGAUCCUGCACAGCCGCUGGAUGACAUGGGAUUCAUGAAUUCAGAGAAAGCCCACCGGCCGUUUACAUACCGGCCAUGCACCAUCGAGUUCAAGACGAGGAUUCCGGAAACAGAGCUCAGGCGAAUGAUGCAGAGUUAUCCCGAGGUUGUGAGAUCGAAUGGGAUCGAUGAGCACUAG